AUGGCUUUUUCUCAAGAAACCGGAGGGGCAUGGAGCGUCAUGGAAGAUGUCUUGUUGUGUGAGUGUUGGAUCCAAAUUAGUCAUGAUCCCAUAUCGGGUAAUGAGAUGAAAUUCAGUCAAAUGUGGAAAAAAAUUCUUCACGAAUUUGUUGAAAGAUCGGGUUCCACCCGUACGGAAAGCGCAUUGUCAAGUCGGUGGAAACUUCUCAACAAAGAGUUGGGGAAAUGGAGAGAUGCCCUCACAAAAGCGAUGAAUAACCAUGCAAGCGGGGAAAAUCUAAGCGAUGAGAUUUGUGCAAGCUCAAAUGUUCUAUGGUGCUACUGGACUAGGGAAAAAAAGUUUCACCCAUACCCAAUGUUGGGAGGUGGUGAAGCAUUGUAA